CUGACUGUGCAUACAAACGGCUGGGACUUCACAUAUCCAAAAAUGAGCAACUCCGGGGACCACAAAGCAACCACUACACCACACAUAGUGAAAGAAGAGAUCUUGGCAGCAGGGAAAUGGGUGAAGCUGGAGAAGACGACAUACGUGGACCCUGCUGGAAACACUAGAAUCUGGGAGAGUGUGAAGAGGACGACAAGGCAAAGAGACACAGAAGCAGAUGGCGUGGGAAUCAUCGCCCUGCUGAAACGGACGCUGCACAAAGACUGCGUGGUGAUGGUGAAGCAGUUUCGUCCUCCUCUGGGAUGCUGCUCUCUGGAGUUUCCUGCAGGAUUGAUUGACGAGGGGGAGAACGCUGAGGCGGCUGCACUCAGGGAGCUGAAGGAAGAAACCGGCUAUAAAGGAGAAGUAGUAGGGAUCACUCCAGUGACCUGUCUGGACCCCGGUCUGUCUAACUGCACCACCCAGAUGGUCAUGGUCAACAUCAACGGAGAUGACAUGGAGAAUAUCAACCCGACACAACAGCUGGGUGAUGGAGAAUUUGUUGAAGUCAUCCUUUUACCUCUGGACGAAUUCCAGUUGAAAAUAGACGAGCUGCUACGGAAAGAGAAAACCGUGGUGGACGCUAAAGUGUACAUCUUCGCCAUGGGGAUGGUGCAGGCGUUCUUCAAGCCGAGGGAGCUCCCAGUGCUCAAGCAGUGAUGAGGAGGGUUCAGGCUGCUGUCUUUUUCUGUUACACAGGGCUCCUGCACAGGACUGGAAGAAUUGGAAAUGGAUGAUUUCCAAACUGUACAAACGGUUCGGAAAAAUUGUUGCAUUACGGUUUUAAACUUAAUGUUACCCCGUAUUUUAAAUUGUUUUUUGCUGUCGAGUGUAAUUGCCAUUUAUCGAACAAUGUGGCAGCCAGAAGGAGAAAAACAGCUGUGUGUGUGUAAAUGAAACUGAACAGCAAAAAUCAAGAAAUCGAGCCUUGGGUUUAGAAACCGAACCUAUGAAGGAGCCCUGUUUAUACUACAAGUACUGGACCACUCUUUGCUCUCAGUAUGGAGGUACUACUAACACCUCAACGCUUGAAACAUAUUCUAUCCAGGCAUAUAUAAUGUGGACACUGAUAACUACAUCCACAAUAUUUGACACUAAAUAUGUUCCAGCCUCUGGUUUCACAUGCCUUUACAAGUGCCCAACAGUCAUUUCCAGGUUUUUAUGAGAUUACCAGUAGAAUAACGAGUUGUAAUUUGUUGUAAUUUUCAUUUAGUGAUAGUGAUCGUAAAACAUUCCUUAACAUAACCUAACAUACUGUUUUGCCAAUUUAAUAAAACUAAAGUCCAAUUCUAAACACUUUUACUAUGAAAAUCUGGCUCUAAGUGAAGAAGGUUGUAAAGCCUGGCUGCGGUUAUCUUCUGUAUUCUUGUUCUCUUCGAUGAAUGUGUGUAGCAGCCGCAGUGGAGUUAACUAAAGUUACAUUAGUGUUUUUGUACUUCAUUGAUGGAGAUAAUAACUAAUAAUGAAUGACCCACGGUGCAAUUAACUGAACAUUGAUGAUGUACCUACCUUAGCAAUAAAAAAUUACUGACCAAUAAAUAAAAGUGAUGUUACUGUU